CAGAAUGUGAGGCAUGUGAAACUCGGCUACCAUCGCCUCACUGCCACCAAAGUGGCAGUGAAAGUGCUGAAAAAGAGCAAAAUCGAUGGCUCCCUGAUAAGGCAAGAGACUGAAAUUAUGAAAAUGCUCCAACAUCCGAAUAUUAUCAAACUGUAUCAGGUCAUUAACACGGUAGAAAAUGUGUACUUGGUACUGGAGUAUGCCGGCGGGGGAGAGCUGAAGAGCUAUGUGGAGAAGCUUGGGCAUGUGGAGGAGGAGACCCGUAGACUCUUCCUAGAGUUGGCCUGGGCAAUUCUGUUUUGCCACCAGAAUGGGAUUGCCCACCAUGACCUGAAACCUGAGAACAUCCUGCUGGAUGGGCAGGGUCAUAUAAAGCUGGGUGAUUUUGGGUUGGGGAGAAAACUCCACCCUGGAGAGAGGGUCAAGGGUUACUAUGGGACAUUUGGCUACUGUGCCCCAGAGGUCUUUACUUUGCAACAGUAUGAUGGGCUGGCUGCUGAUAUCUGGAGCCUGGGAGUGGUGCUGUAUUUCAUCGCUCCCAUUCGGAGACACAGAGAACUACAGAACCAAGCGGAACAUCUUAGCUUCUUACUACACCAUGCCGUUGCAGCUCUCCCCACACCUGAAAAAUCUCCUUGCCCAGUUGCUGAGUGUUACUCCCAGAAUGAGGCCCACGAUCAUCCAAUUAAUGCAGCACUCAUGGCUGAACCAUGAUGUAGAGCCUUCUUCCACAAUAGUUUGCACAACAGAACAACUCCCCCACCAAUCAGACCUUUCGAUUCUCAUAGAUAUGUGCGUCAUGGGCUAUAGGCCUCAAGAAAUCAAAGACUCUUUAAAACAGAAAGAAUUUGAUGAGGUUAUGGCAACAUAUUUAAUGCUGGAGCGGCAGUCAUCCCAGAGGGGCAAUUUGCAUAACAACACUGUAUGUGCUUCCAUCUUUCCGGUGCCCCCCAAAAGGGCAUUGAGUGUCCCUACCC